GCCGCUUCGAGCCCGCGCUGCGAGAGCGUCACACCGGAGCAGCACGAGCUCACACGGCGAUGUUGUUCUGUUGUUAUUAGGUUAUUAAUCAGACAGAAUGAUCGCGACGCGCUGUUUCCCGCAGCGGACUCUGCUGAAGGCGGCAGCCCGGUGUUCUCAUCGCUCUUUACAGCGGAAUGUGUUCAGUAAAACAGCGACAGAGACACAGAAACUGACUCUAGCAGCUCAGAGCUCCAGCGAUGUGACUCCAGCUGGAAACAUCUCAACAUCUCAGAUCAGCCCCAGAGCAGGUGGGGUCCAGGAGCUGGACGUGGCUCUGCUGGUGUCGGUGCUGAAGCAGGAGAACGCCUCGGACAUCUGUGUGAUCAGAGUCCCGCCGGAGCUCAAAUACACCAAUCACAUGAUCAUCGUGAGCGGAUCCUCGCCUCGACACCUGAGCGCCAUCGCAGCGCUGCUGCUCAAAACAUUUAAGUUCCUGCGGAAGGACAAGGAUCCACACGUUCGGCUGGAGGGGAGAGACUGCGACGACUGGAAGUGCAUCGACUUCGGACCGAUGGUGCUUCACCUCAUGCUGCCGGACACCAGACAGACGUACGAGCUGGAGAAGCUGUGGACGCUGCGCUCGUAUGACGAACAGCUGAAGCGCAUCCCGCCGGAAACACUGCCCUCAGACUUCAUCUACGACGUCAGACCUGCUGCUCACAGACUCAAAUCAACAGUGACUUUAAAUAUUAAACAAGGACAAGUUGUCUGAAAUAUCAAGAUUUGAGCUGCUAAUUUGGAAUAAAAUCAAUUCAAAAAUA